AUGGAGGAUCCCUUCAGCCCCUCAACUCCGGAGCCGGCGCCCAACCUCUCCGUACCCAUCUCGCUGGGCUGGGGUCUCAACCUGACUUCCGGACAGGGAGCCCCAGUCCCGGGGCCGCCGCCAACGCCGCCGUCCGGGCCGCCCAGCCGCCGCGUCCGCCUGGUCUUCCUGGGGGUCAUCCUGGUGGUGACGGUGGCCGGCAACGCUACGGUGCUGUGCCGCCUGUGCGGGGGCGGCGGGCCCUGGGCAGGUCCCAAGCGUCGCAAGAUGGACUUCCUGCUGGUGCAGCUGGCCUUGGCCGACCUGUAUGCGUGCGGGGGCACCGCGCUGUCGCAGCUGGCCUGGGAGCUGCUGGGCGAGCCGCGCCGGGCCGCGAGCGACCUGGCGUGCCGCUUCGUGCAUCUGCUACGGGCAUCCGGCCACAGCGCGUCGGCCCACCUCGUGGCGCUCAUUGCCCUCGAACGCCAGCGCGCCGUGCGCCGUCCACAGGGCCCGCCGCUGCCCGCGCGCGCCCUCGCCGCCCUGGGCUGGCUGCUGGCGCUGCUGCUGGCGCUGCCCCCGGCCUUCGUGGUGCGCGGGGGCGCCCCCUCGCAGCCGCCCGCCGCGCCUCCGGCCGCCCGCGCUUGGCCCGGGGAGCGUCGCUGCCGCGACAUCUUCGCGCCGCUACCGCGCUGGCACCUGAUGGUCUACGCGCUCUAUGAGGCCGUCGCGGGCUUCGUGGCGCCGGUCGCGGUCAUGGGCAUCGCUGGCAGCCGCCUGCUCUGCGCCUGGCGGCAGCGCCCGCCCCAGGCCCCAUCGGCCGCGGCGCCCAGGUCGGCCAGUCCCGGCCAAGCCCCCGCGCCCAACGCGCUGCCCCGCGCCAAGGUCCAGAGCCUGAAGAUGAGCCUGGUGCUGGCGCUGCUGUUCGUGGGGUGCGAGCUGCCCUACUUCGCUGCCCGGCUGGCGGCCACGUGGUCGUCUGGGACGGUGGGAGACUGGGAGGCCGAGGACCUAGCGGUGGCGCUGCGCCUCCUGGGGGUGGCCAACAGCGCUCUCAAUCCCUUCGUCUACCUGUUCUUCCAGGCGGGCGACUGUCAACUCCGGCGGCGCUGGCGGAGGCGCCUGGGUGCAGUGUGCUGCCCGCGGGAGGGAGUCGCGGAGGAUGACGAGGGCGCCCGGGGCCACCAGGCGCUCCACCGCCACCGCUGGCCCCACCCACAUUAUCACCACGCUCGGCGGGAGCAGCCGGAGGAGGGUUACUUGCGCCCACCCCCGCCGCGUCCCCGGUCGCUGCCCUGUUCCUGCGAAAGCGUCUUCUAG